GUGAAGGAACCAAUGGUAUGCUCGAGAGGUACGUUCCUGCAAAUGCAGAAAUGCCCACAUGCAGGAACGCCCUUAUUUGCGUGCUGCAGUUGCACACCAGUACACUGGGUUGGAGAGGUGCUUGCUCACUCCCAGGAUAGCGCUGUUGAUUAGUCGAGCCUAAUUCUGGGCUGGACAGGAAACAGGAGACGCUUGGCGUGCCUCGCGCAACAAUCCUGGGAAAGAGAAUGAGGAUGGGAAUAUGUAUGUAUUUGCACGACGAGCGGACAUAAAAGCUGGGUGCUGACUGUUGCGUUGGCUUCAUUUGACCUUUUUGACCUGAGUGGGACAAAGGGAGAGGGACACCAGAGAUGGCGGAUAUGUCUGACGAUGAGCUGGACCACGGGGCAGAGGAGGAGGACAGUGAUAAGGAAGACCAGGACCUGGACAAAAUGUUUGGAGCCUGGUUGGGAGAACUGGACAAACUCACACAGAGUCUGGAUGACGGGAAGCCACAGAAGUCGGUCCAGAAGGCCCCUCUCAGACAGGAAACCAACAUGGCUAACUUUUCUUACCGCUUCUCCAUGUACAACAUCAACGAGGCUUUGAACCAGACGACAGAGACCGUAGACCUGGAUGCCCUGAUGGCUGACCUGUGUUCCAUAGAACAGGAGCUCAGCACCAUCGGCAAGCCCAACACCGGCACCGCCCGCCAGGCUAAAUGUCAACAGCGAUGCCCGGGGGGUCGCAGCGCCAGUGCCAAGCAAACUGGCAGUGGUGGGGGGAGUAGCAGCGGGGGCAGCACCAGCAGUAGUACCCGGGCCUCACCGGCCUCCACCGUCCGAGGGGGCAGCUCCAACUCCCACGGGCGCCCGUCGGCAUCGAACCUCUCGCUGGACGACAUCACGGCCCAGUUGGAGCAGGCGUCACUCAGCAUGGACGAGGCGGCGCACCAGACUUCUUCCUCCUACUCCUCGACCACCCUCCGGCGCCCCUCGGCAGGUUCCUCGUCCUCGCAGCACCGGAGGACGGGCUCGGUGGGCACCAUUAGUGAACAUGAGGCGGGGGGCCACUCCUCGAGGUCCAGCGUUAAUUCUGCAUCCGCGUCCAGCAUGGACUCUCUGGAUAUCGACAAGGUGCUGUCUAGGACAGUAGGAGGGCCCGAGCAGGACGGGGGUUCACAAGGCCCCCAGCCGCCACAGGACCCGGCCAGUACUGAGCAUGCCUCACUACUGCGACGGGCCAAUGGUAAGCCGGCCAGACGGCAGCUUGACCUCACCUCAUGGGAGGGUGAAGUGGAUCUGGACACUCACUCUUAUCUGGACAGAGAAACGUCCCUCAUUCUGAAAAGCAUUGCAGGAAAGCCUUCUCACCUGCUGACCAAGGAGGAGCAGGGGGCCAAAGUGAAGGCCGAGAAGAUCCGAGUGGCCCUGGAGAAAAUCAAGGAGGCGCAAGUCAAAAAGCUGGUGAUCCGGGUGCACAUGUCGGACGAGAGCUCCAAGACCGUGAUGGUGGAUGAGAGACAGACUGUCAGACAGGUGCUGGACAGCCUGCUGGACAAGUCCCACUGUGGCUACAGCCCCGACUGGGCACUGGUGGAGACCAUCAACGAGCUGCAAAUGGAGCGGAUCUUUGAGGACCAUGAGAACUUGGUGGAGAACCUACUGAAUUGGACCAGAGACAGCCAUAACAAACUGAUGUUCAUCGAGCGCAUCGAGAAAUAUGCCCUCUUCAAGAACCCCCAGAACUACUUGUUGGGGAGGAAGGAGACCUCUGAAAUGGCCGAUAGGAAUAAAGAGGCCCUACUGGAGGAGUGUUUCUGUGGCAGCUCGGUUUCAGUACCAGAAAUAGAGGGAAUCCUCUGGCUGAAGGAUGACGGGAAGAAGUCGUGGAAGAAACGAUACUUCCUGCUGCGCGCAUCAGGGAUCUACUACGUGCCCAAAGGCAAAGCUAAGGCCUCCAGGGACCUGGUAUGCUUUCUACAGCUGGACCACGUUAAUGUGUACUACGGCCAGGACUACCGCAGCAAGUACAAGGCCCCCACAGACUACUGCCUGGCCCUUAAGCACCCCCAGAUCCAGAAGAAGUCCCAGUACAUCAAGUAUCUGUGCUGUGAUGAUGUCAGGACCCUCCACCAAUGGUUCAACGGCAUUCGCAUCGCCAAGUACGGGAAACAGCUGUAUGUGAACUACCAGGAGGCCAUGAAACGCACAGAGGCGGCCUACGACUGGUCCUCCCUCUCCACCUCCAGCAUCCGCUCUGGCUCCAGCUCCGGGUCAGCCAGUCUGCCCGAGUCCCAGUCGAACCACUCGGGCCAGUCAGACAGUGGAGUGGACACGGCCUCCAGCCACGGGCGCUCCCAGAGCGUGGUCAGCUCCAUCUUCUCUGAGGCCUGGAAGAGAGGAACGCAGAUGGAGGAGAACACCAGGAUGAGGGAGUCCACCAGAGGUGCCACCCUCCCCCACCCUGUCCAUGCGCACCGCCAGGCCCCACAACUGGAGCCCCCUGCGUCGGGUACGCCGCCACAACAGCAGCCGCCUCCCCAGUCUCGCAGCAGCUACACCUAUGCUGCACCCCCCCAGCCACAGGAGGGCACCUCCCCCCUGCUUCAACAGCAACUGCCCCCCCAGAUCCGUAGCGGUUACACCCAGUCCAUGUCCCCUCAGCCCUCCCCUCCGCCACCCCAACAGCUGCCACCCCAACAGCUGCCCCCCCAGAUACGCAGCAGUUACACCCAGGUCCUGCCUUCCCUGCCCCGCCAGCCCUCCCCUCCACCACCCCAACAGCUUCCCCCCCAGAUCCACAGCAGUUACACCCAUGUCCUGCCUCCCCAGCCCUUCCCUUCACCACCCCAACAGCUGCCCCCCCAGAUCCGCAGUAGUUACACCCAGGUCUUGCCCUCCCCUACCCCACCCCCCCAGCCUACUCCUACACCACCCUCCCUGCCCCCCCAACUAUCUCCACCAGCUCAACAGCUGCCCCCCCACAUCCGUAGCAGUUACACCCAGGUCUUGCCCUACCUACCGCCACAGCCCUCUCCUCCACCACCCCAACAGCUGUCCCCACAGCCCUGCAGCAGCUACAACCAAGCUGUACCCCCUCCUCCCCCGCCGCCCCCUCCCCCGCCGCCGCCUCCCCCGCCGCCCCUGCCUGCCAGCAGCACCCCCCACCACUCGGGCCCCACCGUGUUCGCCAAGUACAGCACCAUCACCCGGCUGCAGAACCAGAACGCCGCCCACCAGGCCGCCAAUCUCCAUAGGGCGCAAAACAACCACCAGAGCCCACCAAGGGUGCUAGCUCAAGCCCCGCCUCCUCCCCAUCAGACGGCUAUCAAACCACUGGUCAACAACAUCAAUGUCCCGCCUCCCCCGCCUCCCCCUCCCCCACCAUCCAUGCCUGCCCUGGGGUCGGCCAUGGCCGCACUCCGGCUCGGGCCCCCCACCCCGGCUGUCGUGCCCCAGUUCAUCCCACCGCCACCGCAGAGCAACGACAUCCCCCCUCCCCCUCCUCUUCACCCAGACACCAUGCCAGGUCUGUGCACAUCGCGCUACGGCGCCAACGCCCUCCAGCAGGCACUGCCCCAGAAGUUCCCCAGUGGUCCCCCCCAGGGCCCCUCUCCCCCCACUGCCAGACUGGUCGAGUCACCCCCGGCAACGCCUCCGCCUCCUCCCCCACCACCUCCCCCUCCUACCCUACCGCCUCCCCAGCAGCUCUCGGUGCCGACACCCCCUCCUCCUCCUCCUCCACCUCCCCCUCCUACCCCACCGCCUCCCCAGCAGGUCUCGGUGCCAACACCCCCUCCUCCUCCUCCCCCUCCUACCCCACUGCCUCCCCAGCAGUUCUCGGUGCCGACACCCCCUCCUCCUCCUCCCCCACCACCUCCCCCUCCUACCCCACCGCCUCCCCAGCAGCUCUCGGUGCAGACACCCCUUUUUCCUCCCCCACCUCCUCAGCAGCAGUACUCGCCCGCAGCUGCUCCCCCCCCUGCCCUACCCAAAACCUUCUCCCCGGGCUUUCUGCUCCACCAUGGUGCCCGGAAGCCUCCCUACCCAGUUUCCCCUCUCCCUCCCACCCCACCUGCUGCCCCAACUCCUCCCCCACCACCGCCUCCGCCGGUGUCAAUGAAGAAGCAGCACAGCCUACAGAUAGGCCACACCCCCAACCAGCCCCCUCCCACAUUUCCCAAGCAGCACAGCCUCUCCAAGCCGCCACCCCUGUCCUUCACAGCUCCGCCCACCACCACCUCCCUGGUCAAACAGAUGGCAGGCCAGUUCCCAGGGUCCACACUGUCUACCAAUCACACUGAGAGCCCCAAAGCCCCCCUGUCUCCUCCUGCGGUGAAGGCCAAACCAAGAUGGCAGCCAGGUGGUGGACAGGCCCAGCAACAGGCCCCAGAGUUCCCUCCACCCCCUUUUGAGAGCAGCCCCUUUCCCCCUCCUCCCCCGCCUCUACCUGCUCUGGUCACCGGCCCUGCCCCUCCUGCUCCCCCUCCCCCUCCCAUCACUGGCCCCACCCCUCCGCCUCCCCCUCUCCCCCCCGGCAACCUAGGCUCGCCCCUGAAGAGAUCUCCAUUGGGCUCCUCCACCUCCUCCUCGGGCUCCUCUGUCUGGGGGGGCAAGAAACCCCUGCCUGCCACCCCCCAGAAAGCCUCCAGCGUCAAGUCUAACUCCUCUGCUGAAUACCAGGAGUCCCGCAGGAACCUUCUCAGCAAGUUUGCCUCCCAGUCCUCUUCCCCCUCCACCUUCCCGUCCUCCCCUGCCGUACCCUUGGGUAGUUUUCCCUCUAAGGACCCCUCCCUGGCCGGCCCCGCGGCGCCCCCAAAGCCAGGCAAGCUGAACCUGGCCAACCUGGCCCUGCAGGCCAAAGUAGGUCAGCAGCGCCAGUCCACCGCUGACUUCCCCCCUCCCCCGCCGGCUUUUGAUCUCUUCCCCCCUCCUCCGCUGCCCAGUGACAGCCACGUCGGGGCACCUAAGGUGGCAGUGGUCAACCCCCAGCCAAAAGUACCGCCCGCCCCCCCGGGUCCCCCUCCCCCCGCCACCAUCAACUCCUCCUGGGGCAAGGGCUCCCUGAAGAAGGCCCCUCCCCCCACGCUGCAGCGGAACCAGCCAUCUCCCCCGACCCUGUCCCCACCUCCCAAGCUGCCCACCUCGCCCCCCACUGGGAACGGCAACAACGGCGUCCCCCAGCCGGGCAACUUCAUGGACGACCUGAACCGGACUCUGAAGCGCAAGUCGGUGAGCCGGCAGGGUUCGCUCUCCUCGUCCCGCCUCUCCGGUCCCAACCUGGAACCCGCUGCGGGCACCAUGGACGACAUGGAGUUGGCGCUGCCCCCACCGCCACCUGAGUUGCUGUCGGGGGGGAACGUCUCAGGCUAUGCAACGCUACGGCGGGGGCCCCCUCCGGCCCCACCCAAGAGGGGGGGCAACACCAAACUGACACACUGACCAGGGGAGUGGUAGAAAAGGAGACUGUUGGAUGAUGCCUACAUUACCUCUCUUGGAGAGGAGCUUCUAUCUAUCACACAGGACCGUCAGUGGACAUUGACAAACUGAACUCCUCGUGUUCCAUGAUUAUGAUGGUGAAUACCAAACCAUGUAUCCGCUUCUUCUUCUUUGCCAUAUGUUUGUGCCACGUAAUCAGAAAACCAUAAUAACGACGUUAGGAUUCAUUCUGCAUUGGUACUGCAUGGACAUGCUGUAAAACAUGAAGCUCUUUGGUGAGUGUGUGUGUAUGUGGACCCGUUUGUGUGCGUACCCGUGUAUGUGUGCAUGCGCGUGUUCACAUGCAUCCGUGUGUGUGUGAGCGAGAGGUAGAAGGGGAAAUGGGUUGACAGCCCAUAACGGAAGGCCUCUGUAAUACGCAUUGUUAUUUUGCCUCUGUUUUUAUAUGAAAUUAUUUAAUACAUUAUUUUUUUGUUAAGUUUAUAAAAGCUAGUUGGAUAAAUCAAUUUGAUUGGAAAUCAUGAGAUCGAAAAACUUUAGAGUAUAGGCUGAGAGGUUAUUUUAAUCAAUGAGCUACGAAUUCCCAACAUUUCCUAGGUAUUCCCUGACUGUUUUACAAGUGUCUUGCUCUUUGUGCUGUCAUUCGGUGACACGCGAAUCAGGAUGCCUUUUUUUCACAGACGAUUGCCCUCUCGAAAGAAUCUCCAAAUUAAAAAAAGGAAAUUCUCUCCUCCUAAAGGCACGAAGCCAUGACUGUGCAACUGGAAACAUUUGUGACUUGGAAUUAUUUUUUUCAUAAAUGUUUUAUUUAAUGCGUAACUAUCGUUUUGCUUAACUGAAGACUGAAAUGGCACGAGGCAUAUUGUGUGUAUGUCUUCGAGGGCCCUGUGAGUCUGUGGGGUGUGUGCUGUGUUUGUUUGACUUGACCUGCAUCUGGGUCAUGUUUAUUAGGCACCAAGCAGAAGAAAACGGAUUGUGAAACAGGGAGGAACUCACUGGAUUGUCCAAUAAACACACACUUUUGGUUUUCGUUGCUACAUGUUCUAAAACGUUUGGUGCCUAAUGAACAUCUGCUUCUGUUUCUGUACAGUAACAGCCCUUGCUUCCCUCCCAUUGCCCCCUGCUGCCUUUAAAUUGUCACAUGACAUGGCCUAAAAAUGAUAGAAAUAUAAUGUACAGAGUGGGGUCAGCUGUGCUCCAGGUGCAGUUUACUAUAUACUCAGUUAUUCUCAACAUGGUGGCUAAAAUUGAAGCAACACGUUGGUGCUUGAAGGUACUGAGCAUUGAAUUAUGUUGUCAUUAGCAUUAGGCUAGACCUGACUGGCUAAAUUAACCCACAAAUUCCCAUCUGGCGCGCAUUAAAAUUGAAUGUUGCUUUCUACUCUGUUGCUUUCUAUAUCCUGUUUUUAUGGCCUAAACAUUCCAGUGUAGUGCAAUUUCCUGCUUCUCCUGCCAAAGUGCAGUGCAGAGAGAGGGGGCGGUGUUCUCGCAGCAAUGCCUUCAUUUCAAGGGUGCUAGUGCUUAUUAUCCUAAUAAGCCUGGAUAUCAAUGGGCAGACAUCUUAUGUUCAAUGUAGGGUUUGUCCCAAUUCUCCACUCUUCUCCCGAAUUGUGAACAUCCUGGAUUGGAUUGAUAUAAGCAUUAGCUACGGUUCCCACCAUUGUUAGCAAUAGGUACAGUAUAGCAACCAUAACCACAAAGCUGAAUGCCCGUACUGAACUCAAGUGGACCAUGAAUGUUGAUAGACCACUACUAGACACACAACAUGCUGUCAUAUUAAUCUUGCGUAUCUACAUUGCUCUGUAUUGGUGAAGUUGGCUCUAGAUGCUGAUCUUGGGUUGUUUUUGCCGCUAAUGUUUGGGGGCAGGGAAGCUGAUCCUAGAUCUGUACCUAGGGGAAACUUUACCCCAGAGCCUGUGCAUUUUCAUGAUUUAAUAUCAUCCUUUUCAGGUUGUUGGGUUGCAGUAUGUUAAACUGAAGUAGGCAUUAAAUUAUUGAAGUGUUGUUUCUGAUUUUGGGAGCCAAAUGAAGAAAACGGGGGGAGAUUGCAGACUAAAUGUCUCUACUUGCAUAUAAACCGAAGAUCACAAUAUAAAUGUUCAAAUCAUACCUCGA